AUGCCACGCCAGAGCUACUCGGCCGAAAAGAGAGCCCUGUUCUCGCCCUCUCUCCCCAUCCCGGCGUCUUCUUCCUCAACCACAACCUCGACUGAGACUCCGUCUCCAACCUCGACGGGCCCCUGGACGCGUCGGCUGGAGCUGCCCACCGGACCCUUUACUCAUUGGACCGUCGAUGAUAGUACCGACCCGACCGCUGCGAGAAAUGGACGAGUGACGGCCAACACCUCUCAGGAUCGAUAUGCGCAUGCCAAAAGCGCAAUGGCAGCACGCCGCUCUAGCUACCCGUUCUCUUCCUCGAACCCCGCUGCAGACUCGAGUCCCUCCAGGCCCUCGGUUUCGCGGCGUAUAACUGAUGUGAAUGGCCGGGGUGCCAAUGAUGAUGACCACCAGGAUCAGGAUCAUGACCAGGAACAAAGUCGGAACCAAAACCAAAAUCAAAACCAAAACCAGAACCGGGACGAUGUCGAUGCCAAUCUCCAUGUCGAUACCAAUGCCUACGCCAGUGCCAAUCCUCUCAACGCAAAUGUCGAUGAUGAGGACGAUAGCCAUAAUUCCUCGCCCACUACUCUACGCUCCUCUGUAGUCAACGGUUCCGCAGAAGGUGAGACGCCAACGGCUGAGGGACCAAACCAAUCGCAGCAGAAGCUUGAUGAAUACCGGGGCAAGUUGAUCCGCGAUCUGGAGCUGCGGGACAUCUCCGCUCAAGACCUUCCCUUGGGCCAACCCGAUAAGGCCCGCGUGGCACCCAUUCUCGAGGAUGCAGUCUUGAACUCCCCCUAUCCAACCUCCUCUGCUUUUACCACCACGUCGACCGAGUCUGGAAACACAAUUCGAGGAGGCAUGACCCCGGCACCCAUCGCUAGCACUCCGUCGUACCCUUUCCCUCGGAUGGCUAUGCCGCCUGGAAGCCUUGGCCCGUCAGGUUUUUCUCAGCCAGCCACUCAGCCCUCGGCUGCAUCAGGUUACUCCCGUUCUCCCCAAGCGAUAGCCCUCGAACAUCGCGGCGUGUUCGAUAGAGUCCUAUCAGAGACGUCCACGCCGGCCUCGGUUUUGAAUUUUCAACCGGGAGCCACCCCGCAACCCGAUAACUUUGACUUCCCCACCCCUAAUCUGUAUGAUCUCUCGUUAAUGCUUUCCGCAGAGCCAGGCCUUGAUGCCUGGUGGAGCACUGUCGUCCAGGUCAUGCGAGAAGUGUACAAGGCCGAGCGUGUGACGUUGGCAAUCCCGGCCGAUACCACUGACAUUGAGAAUGUGCCGUGGGGACAAAAGGCUACAUAUAAUGAGCAUGAGCAGGAUGACCUCAGUAUGGAAUACUUGGCGAGGGGCACCAGUGCCGUGCAAAGUACGGAGAACGACGCCGUCGACGAUGCCGCUACCAGCCCUACCGCCGGCACACCCGUGGACGGGCCAAAGCGACCUGCUUUCGCGAGCCGUCACUCUUUCACUAGCUUCGAAGAAAAUAAGGAGAGGUCGCAGGACGGACUGGUAAUGGCGGCACCUCGUCGGCCUGCUUACUUGACGAGGAGACAAACCCACUCUGCGUCCAUCCACACAGCGGCAGCACCCGAAAAUGACCAUACCAAGCUUAACAAGAGCACCCUGGAGCAGCAUGACUGCAUUGAAGAAGAGCAACAACAGCAACAGCAGCAACGGGACAUUCCUAGCUGGGAGGCGCCUUUUGCGGCCAAAUACAACGGCCAUGGCAGAGUCCUCCCUGUUCUCCAAGCUCUCGAUUAUGAAGCCGACCCCCUGAUUGACAAUACCGGCGUCAUGAGAGUGUUGGAGCGCGGACGGCCUGUAGCUUUGACGAGGAACUAUCCUUACUUGGCGCCAGCGGCUCCGUCUGCACCACCGAUGAUGGGUCAUACAGGAGUCCUCAGGUCUGGCCCAAGAACGCCCGGCCAAGAGCUACCGAAGAGAGCAAAGAAUAAGAGAUCCGACUCUGCAACCAAGCUGUCGUCCUUCUUUUCCGGCGCCACUGGCGCCGCCCGUGCCUCCAUCAGAGCUAAGGUUCAUUUUGGUGACACCAUACUAGAUGACGACAGCCCACGGCCACCCACUCCCAAAUAUGAAGAGUAUGAGCAAACCCCUCCGUCGCCGUGGUCGCAGUCUCCGGCCCCGUCACCCGCAGUUAGACCCGAUCCAAAAGAAAACCCCUUCUUCACCGAUGCCACCGUUGACGAGGAGUCUUUCAACCCCGAUCCCACGCCGACAGACUACACCACACUGCGCCCUCCCGAGGCCAUUGGCGUUGAUCACUCAUGGACGGUUCUGCACAUUCCCCUUUCGAAUGUCUUGGCCUCUAAGCUGCAGCCCCAUCCCUUCAAGCUUGAUGCCACGACGAUGCACCAGAAAUCGCAUUCGAGAAGCAGCCAAUCGCCAGAGAGUACUCAUCGUCAGCAAUUUAUGGAACCCGAGACUCAAAAGAGAGACAAGCCUGCCCCAAUUGCUAUCUUGUCCAUUCUGAGCCCCGUCAUUCCAUACCCGGCCAAUCUACGGCACUCGCUAGAGCAUCUUGCACCCCAUCUCGCCACGUCCUUUUCGCUGUGUCGGCACUAUACCAAUCUCGAGACAGAGCUUGCCGGGCUUAAACGAAGAAGGCCAUCUACGGCUGGAUUUGGUGCCGUCUCGGCAUAUGGGCGGCCCAUUGAGAGCGCUGCGUAUCUCGCUGCUGAUGAGACGGCCGGUUUACAGCAGUCCUUGGCCGGGAGCAUCACCAGUCCAAGCGACUAUUCUGGCAUUUCUAAAAGUACAGCUGAUUCCCCGGCUGGCACUCCCGGAUGGGAUUCGGGAGCUCUGAUCUAUCUUGCAGAAAGACGGCAGCCUGCAGCGAGCCCAGCGGGCAUCUCCCAGUCUUCGGGAAGUUAUUUCAGCAGCAAGCUUGCGAGGCAGAACUCACAGCGGUCUCGUGCUGGGUCCAAGGACGAUCCUUCGGGAGACGUGCGGCCGUCUCGCUUGUCUGGCAACAAAGUUCCCCAAACCCCCCAAACCCCCCAAACCCCUCAGGCUGCCAUAAUGGACACCGACGAGUUGGUAGAUAGACACACAGGGAGCUCCGAUGAACCUAAUCCAAGAGACGUCCACUCCCGCAAUAGCUUGGAUGGGAGCGUUGACCUGGACCCCUUGGCGGGUGAUAGAUACCCUGAGUCUUUGAAGAUCGAGCAGGGCCCGUUCAAACGAAGCCACACUCUUCUGCACAGCUACGGGGCAGACUUUGCUUCGACGUUCCAGUCCCUGCCCCCUGGCACCAGUUUGCCCGGCCGGCCCCCGUUGGCGUCUAAUGUAGGCGUUCUGCAUAGGAGCAGCUCAUUCAUCGCCUCAGCUGCUGACAUGCCACCACCUUCUGAUAAAUUGAAGGGCCUCAUUCUAGACUCGCUACCCGCUCAGGUAUUCGUUGCAUUACCGCAGACGGGCGAAAUUGUUUGGGUCAAUAGCCGUUAUCUGUCCUACCGAGGACAGACAGUGGCAGAUUUGUCCGCAGAUCCAUGGGGCAGCAUCCACCCAGACGAGCGCGAUGAGUACCUUAGCGCCUGGAGCCACUCACUGCGAACUGGGGAGCAAUUUUCUAGUACCGUGAGAAUCAAAAGGUUUGAUGGCGCUUAUAGGUGGUUUUACGCUCGUGCAGUGGCUUCCAAAGACAAGCGUGGGGCUGUUGUGCAGUUUCUAGGUUCGUAUCUGGAUAUUCAUGAGCAGCGCAUAGCAGAAAUCAAGGCGGCCCGCCAGCAGGAGGUCGAGGCCUCGGAAGCGAAGCACCGCCUACUGGCCAACCUGAUCCCGCAAAUCAUCUUUACUGCGACCGAGGAGGACGGCGUUACAUUUGCAAACGAGCAAUGGCUGUCUUACACUGGCCAAAGCUUUGACGAUGCACUGCGCCUGGGCUUCAUGGAUUUUGUUCACCCAGAAGACUUGGCCAGGUGUCGCAUUCCUGCUUCCCAGCCGACAUCUCCACCUUCAUCAUCAAAUCGAAAAGAUAAUGGGAGCUCCGUUUCUAGCGAUACCACAAACACUCCCACUGGCGCAACAAAGGAGCGUCUGGCGCAGUCUCAGGGUCAUGGACGAAAACCGAGCAAGCAGGUUGACUCCAGCAAAGAAACUGGCUAUCAGCUUGCCAAUCCCGAGAUAGCAGAGCUCGCCAAAAAGGGUGUCAUCAAAGUUGGGACAGACUCCAACGGCAGACUAUCCUACACGACGGAAGUGCGACUGCGUUCAAAGACUGGAGAAUAUCGGUGGCAUCUCAUUCGCUGUGUUGAGAUUGACACGAUUGACUUUGGUAGCGGCGCGAGUUCCUACUUUGGUUCUGCCACGGAUAUAAACGACCACAAGCUUCUUGAGGCGAAGCUCAAGGAGGCCAUGGAAUCAAAGGGCCGUUUCUUGAGCAACAUGUCUCAUGAGAUUCGUACACCCCUCAUAGGGAUCUCAGGCAUGGUGAGCUUCUUGCAAGAUACCACGCUCAACGAAGAGCAACGCGAUUACACCAAUACCAUUCAGACUAGCGCCAAUAGUCUCAUCAUGAUUAUCAACGACAUCCUGGAUUUGUCCAAAGUAGAUGCGGGAAUGAUGAAGUUGAGAUAUGAAUGGUUCCACACUCGUUCGCUCAUCGAAGACGUCAACGAACUCGUCUCGACCAUGGCCAUUUCCAAGCGGCUUGAGCUCAACUACCUGGUCGAUGCGGAUGUCCCAGCGUGGGUGAAGGGAGACAAAGUUCGGAUACGCCAGGUUCUACUGAACGUUAUCGGAAACGCCAUCAAGUUCACGUCGGAAGGAGAAGUUUUUAGCCAGUGCAGAGUAUACACUGGGGACGACUCAACCGCGGGAGAAAACGAAAUCAUGCUUGAAUUUAUCAUCACUGAUACCGGUCGUGGCUUCUCUGAAGAAGAAAAGGCUCUCAUUUUCAAGCCUUUCAGCCAAAUCGACGAGAGUAGCACUAGGCAGCACGGUGGCAGUGGACUUGGUCUGGUUAUUUCAAGGCAGCUUGUCGAGCUCCAUGGCGGCAAGAUGGAGGGGACAGCAGUCAUGGGCCAGGGCUCAACAUUCACGUUCACGGCUCGCUGCUCGCUACCUACGCUCGAAGACCGGCCUAUAAUGCCAAGUAGUCCAGGGUCAACCGCGACACUCGUGCCUCCCACAUCUGCCGAGGUCGAGCAGCGUGCCCAUGAUGCGAUGCUCCCUCCCACUCCAGCCCACCGUGGGCACACCGGGGAUGUUCCAAGUUUUGUGGGUGGCGAGUUGAUUUCUCCUGUGGGCGAUUCAACGGGAAGCUCCAACCAAUCUCCCCACUCUGGCCAGUCGCUUGUUACAGAUCGGUCGUCCAUCACAUCGAUGAAUACGGGACUGGCUCGUUUUAGCGAGGCUGCUAAAGCUAGCGGUCAAGACCUGUCACAAAUGAAGCUUGAAAUGCCAUCGGAUCGGAGUUCAGCAGCACGCAGCGCAACGCCGGACAAGAAGUUGCUGUCUGAAAUCUUCCGCCCGCCAAUGUAUCUGAUACUGAUCAUCUGCCCACAAACACACAGCCGCGAAGCUACUACACAGCACAUCGAGAUGACGCUACCAAAAGACGUACCCCAUCAAAUCACGGCUGUCGCUAGUGUUGAAGAGGCCGAAAAUUAUAUCGGCGGCGAUGACCCGAUUCGGUUCACUCACAUUGUCAUCAACUUGGGCGAGGCGGAGGCGGUCAUAAGCGUCAUGGACCAGAUUACCAAGUCUCAGAAGAUGGAUAGCACAAUGAUCCUGAUUCUCUCGGACUCGGUUCAGCGUCAGGAAGUAAUGAAAUACUCAUCCGGCACCAAAUACGAGCAGCUUUUCUCGGAUAACUUGGUCAACUUCAUUUACAAGCCCGUUAAGCCAUCGCGCUUUGCAGUCAUCUUCGACCCGGAUAGAAGACGGGAUCUGAGUACCGACUGGAACAGAUCGACGGCACAACAAAUGCUGGAGAGCCAGAAGGCAAGCUCCCUCGAGCUUCAAAAGCGCAUGGGCAACAAGGGUUUCAGGGUUCUUCUGGUGGAAGAUAAUCCGGUCAACCAAAAAGUAAUGACCAAGUUUCUGAUGAAGGUUGCCGUCGAUGUAGACAUUGCAGUUGACGGAGAGGAGUGUGUCGAGAGUGUCUUUUCGAAAUCCCACAGCUACUACUCUCUCAUAUUGUGCGACCUCCACAUGCCACGCAAAGAUGGCUACCAAGCCUGCCGAGAGAUUCGGGAAUGGGAACGUGCGUGUGGCUUUCCUCAGAUGCCCAUCAUUGCGCUCUCCGCAAACGUAAUGUCGGACGUUCAGGAAAAAUGUGCUGCAGCGGGAUUCAGCGACUAUGUGACGAAACCUGUGGACUUUAUCGAUCUCAGCAGAGCGAUGUCCAGAUUUUUCUGA